AUGUUGCUUCGUCGUACCAGGAGUGCAGGUAACAAAGAUCUUUUGUUCAACGCGGAGAUUGAGCGACUUGUCCGACUGAACAACAGCAAUAGACGCAGGGCAGAACAAGAAGCACGGGCAAGAGAGAGGCAGUUAGAAGCAGAGAGAGAGAUGGCAGAAAUUCCAGAACCACAGAAUGAAAACGCCAACAAGACUCUUCGAGACACAAUGUUCCCGAACAACUUGAACCUCCGGCCAUCAGCCAUAGUACUACCGGAGAUCACUGGAAAUUGGGAGCUGAAGCAUACGCUAAUUCAAAUUUUGCCCAAGUACAGUGAUAUGCCCGGAGAGGACCCUCAAAGGCAUCUUCAAGACUUCGAGAUGGCAUAUAGAACAGUGCGCACCGCUAGUCAAGCCCUUGGCGAGUACAUCCGACUCCUCACUUUUCCGUUCUCUCUGUUAGAAGGAGCGAGGGAGUGGUUGUACGAUUUACCCGAGGGGAGCAAGUUUUUGGAAAAAUAUUUCCCGGCCGCCCGAAUCCAGAACUUGAGAACUCGGAUAAGUAACAUCAAGAUGGGAUCGGGAGAAAUCCUCUAUGAGUACUGGGGAAGGUUUAAACAGAUGUUGGCCAAAUGUCCACAACACCAAAUACCAGAUCAUGACCUUAUUCGGUAUUUCGUGGGGGGGCUUCGAAGGCAAGAUAGACAAUGGUUACACGCCGCUUGUGGAGGAUCGAUCCUAAACAAGUCAGUAGCGGAGGCUUUCAAACUCAUAGCCUAUAUGGCCGAGGAAUCAAGAGAUGAGGAAGGGACUAUAGUCAGAACUACUCCGAUGCAAACUCCUUCUGCCCAAGACGAUAAGUUGGACAAGCUGUGCAACAUGUUCGAGAAAUUCAUGACGAACCAAGGAACAUCCAACCAAGGGAUCCCCAACAUCAGGAAGCAUGUGAAGGCAUGCCAACUUUGCAUGGCAAAUUCGCAUGCAACCGAUGAAUGCCCACAACUUUUCGAAGAGGAAGAGCUUAAUGCUAUCGGGCAACAGCCAGGAGAAAAUAAUGGGGGACAACAUCAGAAACCCUUUGAGCCUUACAGGAAGCAGUUUAACAAUCAAGGGUGGAGACAACAUGAGAACCUUAGGUACGGCAACAAUAACUUUUUAGGGCCAAAUCAAGGGCAAACGAGCAAUCCACCACAAUACUCGCAACAACCUCAACAGGCAAGAGGAUCCUCCCUGUCAGAACUUGUACAUCAAAUGGCCCAACAACAAGUGAAAUUCCAGCAAGAAAUCGAGAAGUUCAUAAUGGAGACGAGAGGAGGAAUGCAGAAUGUGAACUCCCAACUAUCACAUCUUGCCUAA